AUGUCGAAUUCAACACGAUGUGCAGCUUGUAAGUACCUGAGGAGGAGAUGUGCUGAGGAUUGUGUUUUGGCUCCUUACUUCCCUGCAUCACAUCCUGAAAGAUUUGCUUCUGUUCAUAGAAUAUUCGGAGCUAGCAAUGUCAGAAGAAUGUUGCAGCAGAACCUCCCUGUGGAGCAACGCGGCCAAGCGGCGGACGCGAUCGCAUCGGAGGCCUACUGGCGAGUGAGAGAUCCGGUCUAUGGCAGCGUCGGAGUCAUCUCUUUACUUCAACAGCAAAUCUACGCGGUGCAAUCCGAGCUCGCAGAGACUCAGGCUCAGAUUGCGCUGCACAGUGCUCAGCAACAGCAGCACCGACAACAGAACCAAGUACAGCUUGAGAAUCACCCGUACGGCUUGGAUGAUAGUCAGCAGUUUGGACUGGACCAAGGUCCUUCUGGUCCUCAAAACCCUCCAAAUUUCCCUUGA